GAAAAAAAUCUGUUGCCCGCUAUAAGACAACCCUUGCCACAAGGUUGUCAUGUCAUCGCAUUAAUCUGGGAAUAGUGUAUGCAUUUUUCUGAUUCGCUUUAUUUCUGAAAGAAAGAAUAUUUAUUUUAUUAUUUCACCUUUUAAUAUAUUUUUAAUUUUAAUUCUUCGUUUUUAGGGAAGGAGGAUUUUAAAGGUGGAAAAGGAGUUUAUUAUACUUUUUAUAUUUCUUUCUUUUGCUAAUAGAAAACGUAUCUUUACGAUAAUAUCUAGACCAUCAUUAAUAUUACCAUCAUCAGUUUUAUUAAAAGUUAAUGUUCAAAGAACAUUGUUUUCUUCAGAUAACUCCAAUGACUUUCCCAUUGCUGAAAGUCAAAAUAUUGAAAUAUAUUUUUAAAAAAGGCCCCCUGAAGGGUGGGCUGGAAAGAGUCAAAAGAAGGUGUAUACUGACGAUACAGAUAACUGUAUAUUGUAUAGAAUACAGCGUCUGAAAAUAAAGGUUAAAACUUCCAUGUAACGAAUUCUGGUGAAUCUUGAUAUUUUUCUUGCUCGUUUUUUAUUGUUUCAUGCACAACUAAGCAUAAAAAGAUUUACAAUCUUAGUGGAAGUUAAUGUAAAUAUUGUUAAAAACAUGUUCAGAGAUGCACUGAAGCAUGACUUUAGCCUAUUCGGAUCUAAAUUCUUGUAAUUAUGAUCCCAACUUUUAGUUUGGAUUAGGAUACAUUGGAACACAAAAUUUUUUCAACUAAUCAUAUUCCAGAUACCAUAAGUUUCCGAAAUUAUCUGUUCUAUUCUUGAGUGGAUACUUAACCCUUCUUCCUAUCAUUUUUAGUACGCGUACAUAACAUACGGGUAAAUAACGGUGUCAUCCGUGCCGUGUUCCCACGUGUUGUUAACUACUCGAAAUAAGGGGAAGGAGAAAGUUAAAUUACUAAUUGGAAAUAUGUAGCAAAUGUUAGGAUUUUUCUUAAUUUUUUUUUGAAAAAUUAAAAAAAUUGUUGCGUAUAAAUAGAUUAAGAAUUGACGUAAAAACUGUUUUUAUCAAACGAAGUUGCUUGUUGCUUCAGCUUUUUCUUGUUUUUUUUUUUGUUUUUGUUGUUGUUUUUGUUUGUGCCUUUGUUUGUUUUAUUAUUUUGUUUCGUUUUAAUUUUGGUCUUUUAACUUUUUAAAGAAAGCACUUGAUUCGCAAAAACGUUCUCAUGUAAAAUCUUAUUCCUUUAAGAUAAUUUUACGGAUGGCGAGGUUUUUACAAUGUUUGAUAUAAUGUUUAGUUUUAUUUGCGCAUUGUUGCAUAAAAAAUUUUAAGGGUCGUGAGUUGUUUGUUAAUAGAUAAUGAUUACCAAUGUGGGGAAUGGGGAGGAAGUGUGAUUUUUUGUUUUAAAACUACUUAUUCCAGGCAAUAGAAGUGUGGAAACUAGGGGGGGGGGUUAAACACACCUUCGUUUCAACAUCUAUAACAAACCUGUAAAAAGUACAUAACGAUCAUUUACUCACAAGAGAACGUGAAAGGUAGUUCGUGAAAACACAACAAGAAACAAUGGUAUUCUUCACUAUUAUUUUCAUUGGGAUAUCCUUUGGAAGUCUGGUUAGUGCUGGUCUUGAGAGAGACAUCACAAGAACAUGUAACGGACGACCAGAUUUUUAUCAAUCAACAGUAAGGGCGUUGGCUGCAGUUGGAACUGCUGUAAAUAAACCAAUGGAUAAUGGAAGACGAGCUAUUUACAAUAAAGCUCAUAUACUUCCAUGGACAUUUAUUCGAACAAAAGUCUGCGGUGAGUUUAACGAACAAGUUAACGAGCGGACUAAAACUGAAAGGGAUUUAAAGAAUUGGAAGACUAUUGUACAACGAUUCAAUGUGGCGCUUCACACGAUUGACACACAGUGGGUGGACUAUGGAAAAAUGGAUAGAAAAGAGAAAGCAGCAUAUGAGAAAGCUAACGGGAUGAACCAAGAAAAGUGCAAGCAGUUAAUAAAUCAAGUGCAGUUACGGAGAAAAAGUAACACAGCUAUUGUGGCUGGCGUUGUGGCUGUUGCAGAAUGCAUGAAUAGUUCCCCAGCCAAUCUUCGACCAGGUUUUGCCACCACAAAUCGUGAAAUUGCGGAUAAUCUUGAUCCUAUGUUAAGGCGAACAGUGGCAAACGGCGUGGCUAUUAGAGAAUCAGAUCUUACUACGAUGUCCAAAAGACUUCAUCAAAAGUAUGGUUUGGCCUACCCAACCUAUAGGAACCGUGGUAUCAUGAGUUCGGAUCAAACACUACAAUAAGCACAGAAAUUUUUUUUUUGAACAUUUACAUCAUUUCAUGUAUUAUCAACAUGUUUGUUUAAAAAAUAUAACGUUCAUU